UGUUCGUUGGAAAAGUCGAAAGGUGUCAGUGAAUAACAUGUUUAAAACUCAAAUUAUGCCUUGAAUUCAGUGGUCAGAAUGGAUAAUAAGCAUCCGAGAAAGAUUUUAAAAUCUCCAGUUGCAAAACGAAGGAGUAGAAUUACGCCUAAAGACCAAAAGGUAACUCUAGAAAGAGUUCUGGGACUUACAGCAACAAGCAAUGCAACAGUAGCCUGUGAUCCGAACAGCAGUAUUGUAGCAUAUCCUGCAGGAUGUGUGGUGGUGCUUUACAACCCAAAGAAGAACAAACAGGGUCACAUCUUCAAUGUGUCAAAGAAAACGCUAACAUCCCUCGCCUUUUCUGGUGAUGGCAAACAUCUCGUUACAGGAGAGAGUGGCCACCAGCCGGCUGUGAGGGUCUGGGAUGUGGCAGAGAAGACUCAAGUUGCUGAGUUUCAUGGUCACAAGUUCGGCAUAAGCUGUGUGGCCUUUUCGCCCAACCUGAAGUAUAUUGUUUCUAUUGGAACGCAACAUGACAUGCAAGUCAAUGUCUGGAACUGGAGAACAGGGUCAAAAGUGGCCUCAAACAAAGUUUCAAGUAAGGUGUCUGCAGUGUCAUUUUCGGCUGACGGUUCUUAUUUUGUAACCGUUGGUAUGAGACACGUCAAGUUUUGGUACCUUGACAGUAGCAAGUCAAAGAUAAAUUCAAUAACAUUACCACUGAAUGGGCGCAAUGGUAUACUCGGAGACCACAGGAACAACUUCUUCUGUGAUGUAGCUGCGGGGACAGGAAGUUUAGAAAAGAGCACAUUCUGUGUCACCCAGUCAGGCUAUCUGUGUCAGUUCAAUGAAAAACGGCAGAUGGAAAAAUGGGUAGAACUUAGGACAACAUGUGCCAAUGCAAUAUCAGUUGCUGGUAACUAUAUUUUUGUUGGUUGUGCCAAUGGGAUUGUGAGAGUGUUUAAUUCAUCAACUCUACAUUUUGUGGCUACACUUCCACGACCUCAUUAUCUCGGAGUAGAUAUUGCUGCUGCUGUCAACCCAAGUCAGUUAAAUUCUGUUAAAGAUGGUGAUAUCAAAUAUCCUGACACGAUUGCUAUACAGUAUGAUGAGGAACAUAACAAGGUAACAUGUAUAUACAAUGACCACAGUAUGUAUAUCUGGGAUGUCCAUGACCUGAAGAAGAUAGGGAAAGCCUGGUCAUUCCUGUACCACAGUUCAUGUGUAUAUGGUGUUGAGGUGUAUCCAGUGUUGGAGGCAGGUUUGAAGUCUGUUCUACCACCACAUUCAUUCUUCACCUGUUCCAGUGAUGAUACUAUACGAAUAUGGAACCUAGAUCCUCACAUGGCUGAAACAUCCACAUACAAAAGCAAUAUAUAUACACAUGAGAUGCAGUCAGUUGACUUGCUGAAGGUGAUGUACAUGGACCCAAGUUUAACAUCCCUCUGUGAUAUAGACUACAAUCCUUCUGGUGCUACUGAUAAAACAGAUACUAACUAUGAUGACAAGAAUGGUAUACGUUCUAUACGAGUCAGUCCAGAUGGUCAACAUCUAGCUUCUGGUGAUAGACAAGGAAAUGUCAGGAUUCAUGAGUUGGAGAAUUUGAUUGAAAUAAAGCAGAUUGAAGCACAUGAGUCAGAAGUUCUGUGUUUGGAAUACUCUCGAUGGAAAAAUGGACCAAAGUUGCUUGCAUCAUCAAGUCGUGACCGGUUGAUUCACGUGUUUGAUACAGAACAACAGUACGGUCUGUUACAGACAUUGUCAGAUCAUUCCUCGUCAAUAUCUGCUGUCAAGUUCACAGAGACAGAUAACCAGAUGAAGAUGAUCUCAUGUGGGGCAGACAAGUCUAUAUUAUUUAGGAAUCUACAACAGGAUCCUGAGUUUCAGUUUACCUUAGCAACACACCAGGUUGAGAAGAUGACACUGUACGACAUGGUCGUAGAACCGACACAGAAGUUUUCAGCCAUUGCUUGCCAAGACAGAAAUGUCAGAAUCUACAAUAUAAAAACUGGAAAGAAGAAGAAAGAAUACAAAGGUUCGCUGUCUGAUGAUGGUACCUUACUGAAGAUGAAGCUAGACCCCUCUGGUACAUUUGCCGCCACCAGUUGUAGCGAUAAAAAUAUGUGUAUUAUUGACUUCUACUCUGGAGAGUUACAAGCUACUAUGUUUGGUCACUCAGAAAUUGCAACGGAUGUGAGAUUUAUGAACGAUCUGCGACAUUUGAUCUCUACAUCAGGAGAUGGGUGUAUAUUUGUGUGGAGGUUACCACAGGAGAUGACAAGCCAGAUGCAGAACAGAUUGAAGGAAAUGGGACAGAUCUUACCUCAUAUUACUAAUGGUGGCUUAAAACUGGAGCCACUGAAAGCAUUCAAGAAGGAUGAGGUUGAUGCUAGUGUAGCCCCAGAGAGGGAGUUUUUCAGUCCAGAGAGAGCUCUGAAGGAGAUGUACCCCAGCCAGUACAAUGGCAACAGCCCAUCUCCAUCGCCCAAAGAUAAUCUAGAUUACAGGUUCAGCAUUAGUCAGCUGCCUAGCUGGGCAAAGAAAAAGUUUGAGGGAGGAGGAGAUGGUUUGGAAAACGUGCCCAAUGCUGAUGAUGAUACUGGGUCAGGAACUGCUCCUAGGGGGCGCUGGGCUCAGAGGGCAGAGGGACAGGGACCAACAAUCAAAACUCAAGAUGGAAAGUCGGUGGAAGUAGACCCAUCUGCAGAUCGGCGACGAAUCUCGUACCAGGGAGAGUUCUCGACCGGUCAGGUGGCAGAUAUGAGAAGAGAGACAAUGGUGCUGAAUAGACCUUCCACAACACCAACGAAUAUGCCUGUGAUAUUUGACGACAUGAAUGACGAUGAUGAUGAUGAUUUUCUGCCUGUGUCAUCAAAAACAUUUGUGAAACAGGACACUCAGGAGAAAUCAGAUGUAACAUGGGAUGAUUUGUACAAUUUUGAUGCAGACGACAAUGAGCAGGAUAAGACUCAGAUCAUUUACUACCCGCCGUCGGAGAGUGAUGGCUCAGACACACUACCAAGUUCUUACCAGGUGUUUGAUGCAGGAUUAAGUGCAGACCGUCCCCCAAGACAGCUGAAACAUUCAAUAUCAAUGAACAGUAACCCAGAUGCUGAUUCUGAGUCAACCGAUCCGGUAUCUCUGGAGGACGUUGAAGAUGAGGAUGAUUCCAUGCCAGGUACACCAAUGGAUGAUGUCCCGAAAUCACAGAAUAGAGAGAAAUUCUUGAAGGACACUUUUGAGAACCUGAGUUUCACACCUGGAUUACCGACAGAUAAGUUUGUGAAGGGACUAGAUACAUUAGAAGAAGAGAUGGCAACUAACCAGGCAACAGGGGCCAUUAAUUCUCGUCAGAGUCUGUCAGCAAGAUUCCUGUCUAAAUCACAGGCAGCCAACUUAAGGAAUAUGGGACCAUAUGGUAACAUACAGAGACAGGAUAACUGGUUUGAUCUUAGAGGUCUUCUCCGCAAAUGGCAACUGUCUGUACAGAGAAGGAAGGAUGAUAUGGCAAGAAACCUGGACGAGAGCAGGAAAAUGCUCAUGGCUAUGGGUUGGAAGCAGGAGAGCCCAGAGACAGAUGGAGAUGACCCAUUCACUGAACCCCACACCUCUCCCACUUCCCCACAGCUUGACAGCACCCCUACUCUCAUUCAGGGUGAGCAUUCAGGGAGUGAUGAUAAUUCACCAACAAACCUGGCAUUACAUCUGAGAGAGCAACCAGACCCCCCACCGAGCCCUAGAACACCUAAAACUCUGCGCCGCUGCUGGUCUAACUUUGACCUGCCAAAGAGUCCAAUUCCUGAAGGAAAACCGAUUAAAUUGUCAACUCCGAAAACUCUGGAACGAUCCGUGAGCUCUUCAAACUUUUCAUCAUCAAAGUCAAGUGGCCAUCAGCAGACUCCUACCUCAAGGAAAUCUCUCUCCUCUACAGCCCGCCCACGAACAUUGCCACUUGACAAAUCAGGUGGAAGGGUAACACCCACUGACAAAUCAGCUAGUAAGACUCAGGGUAGAGUCAGAAAGGACACGCCUACUGCACCACAACCAUCUGGUAAACUGUCCGAGUACAAGAAGAAUUCAAGGCUUUCAACUCCUAACCUGAGUAAAGUACAAGUUGUUUCCCCUGAGCCAAGACGAAUGUCUGCAGGCAGUAAUCUCUCAAAAUCAAAAUCAAAUUCCAUGAAUAAUUUAUUAGCUGAUGACGAAGAGCAAGAGUUGACCCCACGCGGAACAAACAGAAGACCUCGUUCAAAGUGGUCAACUUCGAAAAUGACAUCUUUUGCAUCAGUGCCAAAUUUAUUAAAUCCUGAUGAUGAUGGUAAAAUAUCUGUAAGUAAUUCACAGGACUCGGAUCUUUCUGAUAGAAGUAAACAAGACAUAAAUGAUAAUGUCAUAAAUGAAAGAAAAGGCGGCAAACGUGCUGGAGCAAAAAGUCCACAAGUAGGUGAUUCAACGUUAAAAAGUACGAAGCGAGCAGCCUCCACUGGAAGGCUGUCUGGUGAACUAAAAAGUAAUACAGAUGAAAAGAAGGGAUUGAAUAAGAGAGUGGCAUCCAGUGUGACAAAUCUCAAGACUGUAGGUAACCAAAAAAGUAAAGAUCGUGAUUUAAUGCCACCCCCUGCUGUUCCAAAUGUUGCAAAAACUAAACAGGAGACGAGAUUUAUGAAACGUGCACAGCAACAAAGGAGGAAAACAACAGGAACUGCUGAACUUACUUUUGAAGAAGCGAAAAAUAUUCUCAAAGGUAAUUCAGGAAUUUUAAAUGGUAAAAAAGAAAAAGAAAAACGCUCUUCAUCUACAUCACCAUCUAGAAACAGAUCCAGUCUUUCAUCUGUAGAAUCAGGGUUAACAAGUAGUGAUAUAGGUGAAAUAACAGAUCCAGCGUUAUUUAAUGCUGCUACAGAGAUUGAAAUGACUGCGGCAGAAAUUCGCCGGAAAUCUACUCCAUCUUCAAGCAUGCAUUCUGGUCUUGAGGCAAGUCCUCAGGAUCUGCCUGAGCGAGACAUUCCACCAGAACGUGAUACCUCUAGAGCCCAGGCUAAGACAUCGAGUAGUGCUAAAAUUAUAAGUGUGAAACCUCAUCCUCUGAAAGGUACAGACAUGGAUAUUAGUGGUGGAAGUAAAAACUCACCGAGAGAUUCUGGGUUGUUUACCGAGGAGGACGAGGAAUGUCCAUCACCAAGUGUUAAAGAAAGAAUUGCGAGACUGAAUAAACAUGUGGAUGAACCUGUUAGGAAACAAACUCACAGCCCCUACAGGGGUCAGCAUCGCUCUGAAAGCCCAGAUUGGGAAGGUUCACGUCAAACAUCGUCAAUUCAGAUAAAUUUCUCAAGUCCAUCAACAGUAUCCAGUAGUUCUUCCCAGUCAGGUCCUGCACUAGAUGCUUCUGAAACUGCCAGUUCAGAUACCAUGACUGCAUCAAGUCAUGUAACUCCCCAACGGCUCUCAUCCUCUGACCAUACUGAAUCAUUCCAUUCAGUUUCCCAGCCCCUCAGGGACCAUAUGCUUCAACAUCAUCAACUGGAAGGGACCAGUCAUUUGUCAGGAGGGUCCAUGAUGUCCACCUCAGCCCAGAGUCUCAGUCCACCCUCCGGAUUGAUAUCUAGCCUUGACUCGGAGGGUCUGUCUCACCAUCUGUCUCCUGGUAACCAUAGCAACACAAGUCCCCGUAGUGUUGCUGACACUGGACUUGGAUCUGACACUGACCUUGAAAAUAGUCAUACAUUUAGAAGAGAUCAACUCCUGGCACAAGCUGACCCACAUUCCAUAGUACUAGAAUCUUUGGACCAAAUACAGUCGGCAAUAUAUAAGAUGACACAGACUUUCCCGAAGCUACAAGACAGAGAGGAUGUCAGAGUUGCUGAAGUAAGGAAACAAUGUCGAGAGAGAUUGCCAGCCAUGAUAGAAACUCUCUGUAAUACCGUUGGUCUAUCUCCACCUGGCAACCAUGACAAUGAAGUGUCUGUCUCUAGACAAGCUAUAGAUAGCCUUUACGAGCAAAGAGAAGCUCUGAAUAACCUUUAUCAGCAGAUAACUGAUAUACACAAAUAUGUCAAUCCUUCUUGAACAGUUAAUUUUUACAAAUAUGAUAAGCUUCAAAUACUUGAGGAAAAUUAUCAUGUAGCCUUGCUAAAAAAUUGCCGGGAUAAAAUAAUUGCUAGUAUAUGCUGCUCAAACCAAUUUUGACCUCAUUUAGUAAAGAAGUGCCGCAAAUUUGUUCAAGGACCAUGGAAUCGUACCUCCAUACAUUUUUUUUUGUAAAUUUUAUUUUCCAUGGUACUUGUAAUAAUGGGAAGAAGAAAACAAAAAGCAAAGGAUAUGAAAUUGAGAUUGUGGCAAAUACAUUUCUGUGACAUGUUAACAUGGUAUAAAACACAAUACUAAGCAUUGAUGUUAAGACUAAUGUAGCAUGUUUAGUGCCUUUACAGAAGUAUAUGGACAAAUUAAAAACUAGCUUAUGCUACAUUCAUACCCAAAUUGAACUUUAAAAAAUGGUCAUUUGUUCCUUUAAAUCAACAUGUUUUCCAAAUUUGAAGAAAGAAGUGUUGAUGUAUUGCAUGUCAUGGAUACCUUGCUAUAAAGUGGCAGUUUUUAAUGUUAAUUUCUUGCCUUGUUUUGUCAUUGUCUCAUAGAUAUAUGAAAUAGCUAGCAUAUCAAGAUUUAAAACAUAUCAACUAUAAGUAUUCUCCUUGUGUAAUACACAUAUUAUCUAUUUGGGUUGUCUCAAUCUAUAGCCAUGAUUUGCGUUUCAUUAUGGUCAUGUCUUUACAUAAACAUUAACACAUUUGUUUUUUCAUUUUCAAAAUGAAAAAAAUGUAACCAUGAUAUUCUCUUCGGUUUGAUUUUCGUCCCUUUUUCUAAAAACACAAUAUAUGACUUCUUAGAUAUGUCAACCAUCAUGCAAAAUUAGGUAAUAUUUGAUGUCUUCCGCUUACUUAACUUAACAUUCCAAAGAAAGUGUGAAGUUUUUCAGAUGAUUUUAGUCCCCUACUGGUUGAAAACCAGUUUCGGGGACUAUAUGAAUGCGCUUUUCCAUCGUUCUGUCAUUCCGUCAUUCCAUCGUCUGCAAUUUCGUGUCCGGUCCAUAACUCUGUCAUCCAUGAAGGGAUUUUAAUAUUACUUGGCACAAAUGUUCCCCAUGGUGAGACUAUGUGUCGUGCACAAAACUUGGACCCCUAGCUCAAAGGUCAAGGUCACAAUUGGAGGUCAAAGAUCAACAGGGCUUUUUUUCCUGUCCGGUCCAUAACUCUCCCAUCCAUGAAGGGAUUUUUAGCUCGACUAUUCGAAGAAUAAGUAGAGCUAUCCUACUCACAACGGCGUCGGUGUCAGCGUCACACCUUGGGUUAAGUUUUUCGUACCAGUCCACAUUUUGACAAAGUCUUUUGAGAUAAAGCUUUGAAACUUUCAACACUUGUUUACCAUCAUCAUGGCCAGUUAUAGGCAAGAGCACAUAACUCCAUCAAGGAUUUUGGCUGAAUUAUGGCCCCUUUUGACUUAGAAAUCAUGGUUAAGUUUUUCGUACCAGUUCAUAUUUUGACAAAGUCUUUUGAGAUAAAGCUUUGAAACUUUCAACACUUGUUUACCAUCACCAUGUCCAGUUAUAGGCAAGAGCACAUAACUCCAUCAAGGAUUUUGGCUGAAUUAAGGCCCUUUUUGACUUAGAAAUCUGGGUUAAUAUUUCGUACCAGUUCAUAUUUUGACAAAGUCUUUUGAGAUAAAGCUUUGAAACUUUCAACACCUGUUUACCAUCACCAUGUCCAGUUAUAGGCAAGAGCACAUAACUCCAUCAAGGAUUUUGGCUGAAUUAAGGCCCUUUUUUGACUUAGAAAUCUUGGUUAAGUUUUUCGUACCAGUUCAUAUUUUUUGUAAAGUGUUUGACAUAUGGCUUUGAAACUUUUAUCACUUGUUUAGUAUAAUAGUCUCUAUCUGUAGGAAAGAGAACAUAACUCUGUCAUCUAUUUUGGCUGAAUUAUGGCCCUUUUUGGACUUUGAAAUUGGUUCUGUUUUCAUACAAGUCCAUGUUUUUUCAAAACUAUUUGACAUAUGGCUUUUAAACUUUGAACACUUGUUUAUCAUUAUGAUUUCCAUCUGUAGGCAAGAGUACAUAACUAUUUUGACUGAAUUAUGGCCCUUUUUGGACUUUGAAAUUGGCUCAUAUACUGCCAUUUAGUGCAAGACUUAUCGAAAUCAAAGUAAUACAGGAACAUUGUUUGUCUAAUCUAUUUUUUUCUUUUGUCUGAAUAUCCGUGGAAAUAUUUUGACCUCAUUCUGCAAUCAAUUCUUCGAAUAGUCGAGCGCGCUGUCAUCAGACAGCUCUUGUAGUAUCACUUGGCACAAAUGUACCUCAUAAUAAGAUGAUAUGUCGUGCUUAACUUUGAGACCACUAGCUCAAAGGUCAAGGUCACACUUAGCAGUCAAAUGUUAACAUGGCAUGCUCAGGGUCUUUUGUGUUUGGUCCAUAAUUCUGUCAUUCAUAAAGGGAUUUUAAUAUCACUUGGCACAAAUGUUCCCCAUGAUGUGACCGCGUGUUGUUUGCGAAUUUUGGGCUCCUUUCUCAAGGGUUAAGGUCACAAUUGGGGGUCAAAGGUCAACAGGGCUUUCUUCCUGUUAGGUCCAUAACUCUGCCAUCCAUGAAGGGAUUUUGAUAUUACUUGGCACAAAUGUUUCCCAUGAUGAGACGACGUGUCAUAUGCCAAUCCCGGGCCCUUUGUUCAAAGGUCAAGGUCACAGUUGGGGGUCAAAUGUCAACAGGGCUUUUUUCCUGUCCGGUCAAUAACUCUGUCAUCCAUGAAGGGAUUUUGAUUUUACUUGGCACAAAUGUUCCCCAUGAUAAGACAACGUGUCCUGCGCAUAAUCCAGACCCCUAGUUCAAAGGUCAAAGUCACAAUAGGAGGUCAAAGGUCAAUAGGGUUUUUUUCCUGUCCGUUCCAGAACUCUGUCAUCCAUCAAGGGAAUACAAUAUUACUUGGCAUAAAUGUUCCCCAUGAUAUUACGAUGUGUCAUGCGCAGCACCCAGAACCUAGCUUAAAGGUCAAGGUCACACUUUGAAUGAAAUGUCAACAGGAUUUUUUUCCUGUCCAGGCUAUAACUUUGUCAUACAAAACGAGAUUUAAAUAUCAUUUGACACAAAUAUUUGCUUGGAUGAGACAGCAUGUCAUGCGCAAAACCCGGGCCCUAGGUCUAAGGUCAAGGUCAUUAUUAGAGGUAAAAGGUCAAAUUCAAGAAUGACUUUGUCCGGAGCAUUUCUUCUUUAUGCAUGGAGGGAUUUUGAUGUAACUUAGCACAAAUGUUCACCAUCAUGAGACUGAUUGUCAUGCGCAAGAACCAGGUCCCUUGGUCUAAGGUCAAGGUCAUACUUAGAGGUCAGAGGUCAAACUCAAGAAUGACUUUGUUCGGAGCAUUUCUUCUUUAUGCAUGGAGGGAAUUUGAUGCAACUUGGCACAAAAUGUUUACCACUAUGAAGCACCCUUGUUUUUAGAGUUUUGUCAAUGUGUUUUACUAUAAAUAGAUUAUAUUGUAACUUUUUUAUUACUGGCCGUAGGGAAUAGCGAAAGCACUUUUCUGUGGUAUACAUGCAUGUUAUAUCCAAUUUUUAGGUGUAUUUUGACCUAUCUCUACCUGGUAAAGAGUUUCUUGUGGAUUUACGUUAUAUAGAUUUUUUUUAGGAUUAAUUUCCCUUUGUUGUUACUAUAAAUAACUUAUAUGAUAACUUUUUUUAUAAUCGGCCAAAAAAAAAAAAAUCAAUAUGAAAACAAGUGUAGGUUUUUAUAUAUGCAAAUUUUAAUCCAAGUGAUUGCAUAAUUAUAUAGUACAAUAUUGUUUAUACAUCAUUGACAGAUAUCAGUUCAUUAUGUUAUAAUGCAGUAGAGAAAGUUAGGUGCCUUCCAGUAGGGGACUUUGUAUUGCAUGGCAAUACUUCAUUCACAUGUUUAAUUAACUUAUAUCUGACUGAUACAUCUGGAAAAGUGCUUGGUUAACGAGUGUCAGCUGUGUAUGUUUUGACUUGCUUGAACAGUUGUUACAAAACUUUACACAACAAAAUGAAUGAUUAUUAUUAUGAGAAAAAAUGCAAGAAGCAACUUCCAGUCAUUUCAGUUGAAGGUCAAGGUUGUGUGUUGAAAUUAAAAUUGAAAAGACAGUGUUUUAUGUCUUCAGUAUGACCUUUAACUCUUUUUUUUAAAGAGGAUUUUCAAAAAUCUUUGAUCAACCAUUUCCCAGAAUGACAUGACCUGCAGAAGCAGGCCGAGGUAACGGUCGUACAAUGAGAUCGAAGAGAAGAAGCCAGUAUUUCCAGACUGCUUCAUAUCUUUCUUUCCUUCUGCUUGGAGGAUUUCCAAAUUACAAAUGUUUCUCUUGUGAGAUGGUCAGCUCCAGACAACUUUACCAUGUCAGGUCAAGGUCUUAGCUCCAGACAACUUUACCAUGUCAGGUCAAGACAUACAGAUUAUUCCUUUUGUUCCAUGUUGGAACUAUUAUAUUGGAACUUUAAAUUCAGGGGGGUGAGGGGGGGGGAAUUUUGGUUUAAAGCUAAUUAUCAGGUUGUUGUUGGUUUAAUUGUUUCCCUUAUUAGUCAUUUACACUUUUACACUAAUAGCUGUUGAUGUAGAUAUUUCCUAAGUUUCUGUUAAGGGGAUAUUUAACUAUGAAUAACUGUCACAAUGUGACCACCUUUUAACCAAUAAAAAUUCUAGAGGUAAAACGAGCCGCACCAUGAGAAAACCAACAUAGUGCAUUUGCGACCAGUAUGGAUCCAGCCCAGCCUGUGCAUCCAUGCAGCCUGGUCAGGAUCCAUGCUGUUCACUUUCAAAGACUAUUUCAAUUAGAGAAACUUGUAGUGAACAGCAUGGAUCCUGACAAGACUGCAAAUGCACUAUGUUGAUUUUCUCAUGGUGCGGCUCAAGUCCGGUUGAAUAGUGUUGUAUCAUUUUAUGUGCCAUACUGUGCCUGUGUGUAUAUAUAGUAUUGUACAGUUGUUAGCUGCUAUGUAUGUUACAUUUAAUUCACCUUAUUACUGCUUACUUAUAUUUUUGUCAAGUAAAUUUCAGAUUUCAUCAGUAAUAGUUUUAUGGAUUUGAUUUAAGUGCAUAACUUAUGUCCAAGCUUAAUCUAUUGUAAAAUGUGAUUGGCAGUAUUGAGUCGAACAAAAAACGCCACAACCAACAAAAGGCUAAACAUUUAGUUGAAUAUCAGAUAUAAAACUACCUUCUCAGAGUCCAGAUGUAUAAUACCGAGUCUGAGGAAGCCAUCCAGCUGACUUACUGAAGGUCGGUGGUCCUACCCAGGUUCCCAUCUGUAAUGAGAUAAUAUGGGUCUUCCUCCACUCAAAGCUUGAAAGUUGCAGUUUGACCUAUAAUUGUGUUGGUGUAACAUUAAAAAUUCUUAAGUUGCAGCAUUCAGAAUUGAUCAUUUGUGUUUCAUUGUUACAGUUCAUAAUAGGUUGUGUAGUUUUUAAUUGAUAGUGAUUUUUGUUCUAUUCUGUUCAAGAGAAGUGCCAAAGUAGUCAUAAAUGAUCCUGAAUCUCAUGGUAGCAUUAAACUUUGUAUAAGCAGUUCAUGUUUAUAAAUGCUCAAUGUAGAGAAAGCAGAACAAUAGUUAGUGGUAUCAAAGUUUAUUUCUGUUCUGGCUGAUGUACCAUUAUUGGGAAAUAUGCCAAAAUUUUAAUGUUUGUUUUGUUCAAAAGUUUUCAGGAAGUGAGUUUGACACAUUAAAUGAAAAGGGACACCAGGUAUUCUUUCUGUACAUAAUUAUGUACUUGUAGAUAAACGUUGUGGUAUAGAUAUACCUGUUGUUUUGGUAUACAGUGUUGUUAUGUUAAAUAUUUUUUGUUGUUUUAAACUUGUAGUAGGGCAAUGCAUUAAACAGGGGCAAUUACGGCUCCCACAGAGAAACACUUUACUUUCCAUAUUUUAAAAUUGUGAGCACUAAGUAUUAUGAAGAAUAUAAUCAUGAAAACAGAUUUUUUUGUACAGAUUUGAACUUUCUGGAUUUCUUUUAUCUUUUUUUCCCCCCUACUUUUUUUACAUUUCAUAUUAAAUCAUCCUUUCAGGAUGAUAUAGCAACAACGUUACUUUCUUAAUUUCAUAGAUGGCCAGCUCGUUUUCCUAUUACAUGUAUAUUAAAUUGUUCUUUUCAGAUAGUAUAGUUGCAAUGUAUUUUUUUUCUUCAUUUCAUACAUUAAUCAAAAUAGUUGUUUUAGGGCUUCCAUUUCAAAAGAUGUCCAAAAAUGUAAAUAAUUUCAUCUGUUUUCAGUUAUAUUUUUGUACGGAUUGUAAAUAUAUAGUCACAGUUCUGUUUAAGAUAUAUGUAUAAAGUAUGUAUAUGUAUAAAGGAAAUAUAUGUAUAAAGGAUCUUGUAUGUAUAAAUGCUCAUGCUAUUUAAUGCACAUUAUGUAUAUCAGUAUUCCUGUUUUCUACUCUGCAAACCAUUUAUGACAGUGUUCACUUCAUGCAAACAUUUUACAAGGAGCUUUAGUGCUAUGCAUAAAUUCAGUGUUUUUUUUAAUAUUCAUUGUUAAGUUUUAUGCUGUAUAGAAUGUACGUUGUAACUGCCUCUAAGAUGGCAAAUUGUAAAUCAUUCUUUCUGGUGGACCAGGGAUUUAAAGAACUAAGAACAAUACCCAAUGUGUAGAAAUUUAUAUUUUAAAACAAUUUCAAAUGUUUGUCAAUAUUUUGCAGAAUUGCAAAAACACUGUGUCAUGUAAAAACUAGUGUAUAUAAUUUUUGUAUGUCAUGCAAAUCAAUAGAUGAGGUCAGUGAGCUUAUGAACUUAUAAAAUAGCUCAAAAUUUAUAAUUUGAGCCGCGCCAUGAGAAAACCAAUAUAGUGGCUUUGCGACCAGCAUGGAUCCAGACCAGCCUGCUCAUCCGCGAAGUCUGGUCAGGAUCCAUGCUGUUUGCAGUCUGGUCAGGAUGUUUACUAAAAAGAUACUGACUGAAUGGCGGACAGUGCAGAUCUUGAUCAGACUGCAAGGAUGUGCUGGCUGAUCAUGAUCUACACUGGUCGCAAGUCAGUUGUACCCUUGCUGGUAAGGGUUAAAAUUUUCUUGUUUAAGCAAACUGAUAUAAUAGGUUUUUUUAUUGUUAUGUUUUCAUUAGAACUUUAUGGUUCUCCUAGAAAGAGCUGCCUGUAUAGUUUUGUACUGCUGGUCUUCUAUCAAGACAUAUUUCCAAAUAGAGCUGAUCAUAUUUAGAUCAUUUGGUCUCUGUUCCAUUCUUUUCAAACUGUUACAGUAUGAUUUGAGUAUUGAGAGAUAGUUUUCAGAAUAUAUCCUUUUUCAAUUAAUUGUAUCAAUCUGUAAUGAACCUUUCAGUACUUUUUCAGUUAGCAAUCUUUUUAAAAUGAUUUUAGAUAAAAGCAACAAGUUUUUCUACAAUUUGCUCCAUUUUCUAUGUACACUUGAAGACUUUUCUAACUCCACACAUUAUGGUUUGGUUUUUAUGUGUGCUGCUAAAGUUGUGCAGUAUAGUUGUCCUGCGUAAUUCAUGCAUAUUUCAGGACAUAACUGAUAAUUUAUUAAUGCACACUUGCAGAAUAGUAUGCAUUGUCAGAAUAAAGUGUCUGCUAGCCUUGAUGAAUUACUUCCAUUUUUUAUCCUGGUUAUGUACGUUGACUAUAAUGUUGCAACAAAGUAUGGGGUUAGAAAAGUUUUUGGGGAUAUGAGGUCUGAAGAUUUAGGUGCAAAGUCUUUUGAUUGUUUGCAACUUUUGUUCCGAUGGACAUUUAAGAACCCACUUUGUUCUUUAGUGUCCACUUUGUUCCCUAUUUCACAUACACAAUACAUAUUUAUAUUAAUUAAGUACAUUGCUUGUAUAAACUGGGUAUACAGAAUUGUUAAUAUAUGAAACCUACUCCAGUCUUUCAAGUGAAAGAAAUAAAAGGUUGAAUCAAA